AGCGUUUUCAUGUGAGCGGAACGUUUCAAGUGCGCUCCACGUGACUUGUGCUGCUGCUGCUGCAAACAUGAACUUCAAAAUACGUGAUGCGACGAAAGAAGACUGCAAAGACUUAUUGCGGAUGAUAGUGGAGUUGGCACUGUAUGAAAAGAUGUCCGAUCAAGUGAAAAUAUCACAGGAAGACUUGGAACGUGAUGGUUUCUGCCCGAAUCCCUGCUUCGGAUGUCUCAUCGCAGAGGUACCAGAAGAGAAUACAUCUAAAGAAGGAUUCACCACUGUUGGAUACGCCCUUUACUUUUACACAUACAGCACACGGAAGGGACGCGCGGUGCAUUUGGAGGAUUUGUAUGUGAUGCGUGAAUUCCGAGGAUUUGGCAUUGGAAAAGGUUUACUGAGCAACGUUGCUAAGGUGACCAAAGAGAAACAGUGCGCGCUCUUGCAGUUGAGCGUGUUGGACUGGAACACUCCGUCACGGGACUUCUAUGCUACCAGAGGAGCUCAAGAUCUCACUGUCACAGAAGGUUUGCACUUAAUUCGUUUUGAUAAACAAAACCUGGAGGAUUUGGGAAACGGUGCCCCCAAGAAUUAAAAUGGAUUCAUUUUCUGCCCAUAUCAUACCAUAAAACAGACCAUACAUUUCCUGUUCUCCUGUACACGGUUUUCUCAUACCUGUGAUGUGAUUAUUUAUGAUUAUCAAAAUGUAAUUUGAGUUUUGUAUCGUAUCGGUAGAAGUAUGUAUUUCAAAAUUCUACAAUAAAUAUUC